ACAUGGUGAACCAAAAGUUAUUGGAGAUUUUAGUUCCAAAGCACCGGUUUAUUCUGAAAGAUUUGAUUUGAUAAAUCAACGAUUGAAACGGAAAUCAGGAUAUUUAAAACGGUUCACAAGUUCUAAUAAAUUUGAAAAUAAGCUUUCAUCUUUAAAAGAUCUGCGCGGGCGAGAAGGUGAAGAGUUCACAAUAUUUGGCUUACUUAUUUUCUCAGAUGAAAAAUAUCAACUCGAGGAUAAGGACUGGCGAAUUUGGCUAGAUUUAUCCGAAUGCGAAAUGCGUGGGUUUUACACUGAAGGUAAUUUUGUCCUUGCUAAAGGGCGAUAUAUCGAGGUUCAAAAAUUCAAAGCUACAAGUAUAGAACAUCCACCGUUGGAAGAUCCAGAUGAUACAAGAAGAGAAUUUGGUCACUUGGAUUUUUUGGGAACACCAAAUUCAUUGGAAAAUGAG